AUGGCACGCAAAAAAUAUUUUUUUGUUUAUUGACUUGGUUUCAUUCUUAAUCUAAUCUUGUUUUCUAUUUUGCUUAAAAUAUAAUGAUAUUGUAAAAUAAUAGGACAUUUUUCUGCCAAACAUAACCAUAUUUAUGGUUAGUUUUACUUAAAGCAAAUCUAACACCUUUAAAGUAGAAUUUCAAGUGUUCAAACAAGUAGUUAAUUUCGUGAUAAGCUUAUCAAUGUUUUGCCGGCUUUCCCGGUGUCAGACGUGUUUCUACUGGAUUUGAGAAUUUAAAAAGUUUGUUAUUUAUUAAAUAACUAAAUACAAUGUCGGGGGAAAGUUCUAAUUCUAAUGGUGAUAGAAAAGUAGCUCUCAUUACUGGUAUAACAGGGCAGGAUGGUUCCUACUUAGCUGAAUUUUUAAUUGAAAAAGGAUAUGAGGUGCACGGAAUUUUAAGGCGAUCUUCGUCAUUUAACACUGGCCGCAUACAGCAUUUGUAUGGCCAGCCAGCAUGCCAUACCGGUGGGAAGAUGCACCUUCAUUAUGGUGACCUUACCGACACCACUUGCCUUAUUAGUAUUAUUUCUAAGACUCGUCCUAAAGAAAUUUACAAUCUAGGAGCCCAAUCACACGUUAAAGUAUCGUUCGAACUGAGCGAGUAUACGGCACAAGUGGACGCUCUUGGUACUUUAAGGUUGCUAGAGGCAGUCCGCGUGGUCGGUCUAGAGAAAGAGACCAAGAUAUACCAAGCCUCGACAUCUGAACUGUACGGAAAGGUGGUUGAAGUUCCACAGACCGAGAAAACUCCUUUCUAUCCACGGUCACCGUAUGCAUGUGCAAAGCUCUACGGUUAUUGGAUAGUGGUUAAUUACCGCGAAGCCUAUAACAUGUUCGCUUGCAAUGGCGUCCUCUUCAACCACGAGAGUCCGCGUCGAGGCGAGAACUUUGUGACUAGGAAGAUAACACGAGGCGUCGCUAAGAUAACAUUAGGUCUCAUGUCCUGUUUGGAAUUGGGCAAUUUGGACAGUAAACGAGAUUGGGGACAUGCGAAGGAUUAUGUAGAGGUAAUUUUCUGAUGUAUUUUGAUUUAUUUCUAGAUUUUUCUGGUAAAGAGG